AGUUUUACAUUUGUUUUCAGCGUGUGAAGUCGUUGUCGGAGUUCAUGUGGGAUUUGUUACCUGAAGGGCGUAGUUUUUUGUAUACGAAAAAGAAAUAACUUAAACUCAAAAAACUUGUCGAAUUACUAUAACGUGUUUAAAUAGGUUCGUUUCCCAACUUUGGAGUACAAGUCACUACUAGUGUAUAAAAAUAAAGUUAAUAAUAAUGUUUAACCUCAAGAAUAUUUUAAUAUGAGGCUCCAACGUUAUGCUAAUACAUUCCAAUGCAUUUCAACAGUAUUGAAGAUACUUCUGAUAUUAUGGUCCAUCGUUCAGACUUCUUGCAGUGCUCACUAUGAUUUGAAGACUAAAAUUGUGUCAAAAGUUAAAGGAAACAACAUAUUCAAAUUUACUAGAAAUGCAUACAACGUAACCAUUCCAGAAAAUAGCAUUGGUAAAACUUAUGCAAAACAAAAAUUAUAUGAUUAUAGAAUUGGUAUAGAUAUACAAAAAAAAUGUAAUGUAAUUUUUCGAAUUAUAUCCGGAGAUAGAGAUAAACUUUUUAAAGCUGAGGAGAGAAUAGUUGGAAAUUUUGCAUUUUUGGCUAUCAGAACAAGAACCAGCAACGUCGUAUUAAACAGAGAAAAGAAUGAAGACUACGUAUUGAAUGUUAAAGCCCUUAUAUCAUGCCCAGAAAAUAAACAAAAACAGUCGUAUGAGGAUGAGUGCGUAAUGUAUCUUCAAGUACUUGAUCGUAAUGAUUUAAGUCCACUAUUUUAUCCUCCUGAAUACUCUGUCACUAUAUCUGAGGAUCUUCCAGUUCAUAGCAAAAUAUUAAGCGUAACUGCCGAAGAUGCAGAUCUUGGUUUAAAUGGAGAAAUUUAUUACAGUUUCUUGGAUGACAAUACUUACUUUGCUAUUCACCCUUCCACAGGUGUUAUAUCAAAUGUAAGGCUAUUAGAACAUUUAGGAGAUCAACAACUUGACAUUGUUGUCUUCGCUGUCGACAGAGGAUCUGCCCUUAGCCAUUACAACCACCAAUCUAGUAAGGCUAAAGUGCAUCUUAAUAUACAAAAGACUAAUUUAUUUGCUCCCGAUUUACAUGUCACUACACUCCCUAGUACAAUUGUAAAUGAAAGUAUAAUUGCAACAAAUAAAAUAUAUGGUAUCAUAAAUGCUUUUGAUAGAGACAGUGGCCGAAAUGGAGAAAUAAAAAAUGUUAAAAUUACAUCCGGUGAUUCCAACGGCAACUUUCAUCUUACCGAAACUGAUACAAAAGGAGAAUACUAUAUCAACUUGAAUAAACUAUCAACAUUUCAGAAAUCAAAAAAUAUUUUUAACUUAACCGUAAGAGUUGAGGAUAAUGGAAUUCCUAUGAAAUUUAGCUAUAAAUUUGUACCAAUCAUUAUCAACGUUGACAAAAAUAAUGGCCCAGUUUUUACAAAGCAGUUUUAUGAAGUUUCAAUACCGGAAACUUCUCCACCAAAUAUGCCAGUAAUACGAUUAAAAGUAACCGAUCCAGAUUUUGGUAGAAACGCUUUAGUAACCCUGGAAAUAGUUGGCGGCAAUGAAGGAGGAGAAUUUAGAAUUAAUCCAGAUUCAGGAAUGUUAUAUACGCAAAAGACUUUAGAUGCAGAAAAAACAUCAUUUUAUACCCUUACUGUGACAGCUAUUGACCAGGCUAAUUUAGGAGUUCGAAAGCAAUCCUCUGCCAAAGUGAAAAUUAAUAUUUUAGAUAUAAACGAUAAUGAUCCGAUAUUUGAUGAUAACAUAUCUACAAUUUUUUUAAACGAAAAUGAACUUGCUGGAACGUUUGUUACAAAAGUGUCUGCAAGAGAUAAUGAUUCCGGAGAAAAUUCCUAUAUUUCCUAUAGUAUUGCGAAUCUUAAUGAUGUGCCAUUUGAUAUAGAUCACUUUAGUGGUGUCAUAAGAACAAGCUCCGUAAUAGACUAUGAAGUCAUGCGCCGGUCAUACAAAUUAAGAGUCAGAGCUUCCGACUGGGGAUUACCUUUCAGAAGGCAGACGGAAAAGGAAAUUUUUAUAAAAAUAAAUAAUGUAAAUGAUAAUAGACCACAAUUUGAGCGUGUUAAUUGUAUGGGUAAAAUAUUUCGGCACGCUCCCGUGGGUACUGAUGUUUUUACAUUAUCAGCCAUUGAUUUUGAUGUUGGUGAUUACAUUACGUAUCGCUUAUUAUCUGGAAACGAUGAUGGCUGUUUUAACCUAGACCCAACGACAGGUGUUAUAACAAUUGGCUGCGAUCUUAAAGAUGUACGAUCGUCUCAUCGUUUCUUGAACGUAUCUUCUACUGAUGGAACACAUUUCUCAGAUGAAAUGAUAAUUGAAAUAAGACUUUUAAGUAAUCAGCAGUAUGAAAUGCUUAAAAAUGUUGACGAAAAUGGCUACAGUAGUUUUGAAUGUCAUGAAACGGGAAUUGCUAAAAAACUUGCCGAUACAUUGGCAGCAUCGGAACGAAACAAUAUGGGUUUCGAUAAGGAGAUUAAUAACGAUGAAUACAUUUUAAUGCCAAGUAGAUAUGGUCAAAAUUUACACAAUCCAGAAUUCAUAAAUUUUCCAUUGGAAUUAAAAAUAAAUGAAAGUCUUACAUUGGGAGAAACCAUAAUAUGGUUUAAAGCAAAAGACAGAGACUUGGGAUAUAACGGCAAGUUAAUAUUUGGAAUAUCUGAAGGAGACUUUGAUUCUGUGUUUCGUAUUGAUCCUGACAGCGGAGAGUUGCUUCUAAUAGGAUACUUAGAUAGGGAACGCCAAGAUGAAUAUGUAUUAAAUAUAACAGUUUGUGAUUUAGGACAGCCGAGCAAAUGUGUUUCUAAAAUGUUAACUGUGAACAUUUUGGACGUUAACGAUAACCCACCUAUUUUUCAGAAAUCUCUUGCAAGAUUCCAUCUAAGCGAAGAUGUAGACAAUCAAACACAGAUAUUUUGUCUUAAAGCAACUGAUGCUGAUUUUGGAAUAAAUGCUUUAAUUACAUACGAAAUGAAAACAGAAACUUCAAACUUUGCAUUAAAUUCGACCACAGGCUGUUUAUUUGUAAAUGGAAAACUUGAUAGGGAACAAAUGGAAGAACAUAAAGUUCAUAUUAUUGCUAAAGACAAAGGGUAUCCAUCCCUUUCAUCGGAAGCAGUAAUUUCGAUCAUUGUGGAUGACAUAAACGAUAAUGCUCCCAUUUUCGGAGUCCAAGAAAUAAUAUUCAAAGUUCGGGAAGAUCUUCCCAAAGGAAGCAUGAUAGCUCAAGUUGAAGCAAGUGAUUUUGACUCCGGAAUAAAUGGAGAAAUAAUAUUUUUUCUAAAAGAUGACACUCUUAAUAUUUCAUUAUUUAAAAUUGAUAAACAAAGUGGUGUUAUUCGAACUCAGGCUUAUCUAGAUUAUGAAAAUCAGCAAGUACAUAACUUGAUAGUUUGUGCAGUAGAUCGCGGAACUCCAGCUCUUACAUCUAAUAUGCCUGUUGUUGUAGAGAUAAUAGAUGUCAAUGAAAAUCGGUGUGCUCCUGAAUUCGAUGAUUUUGUUUUCGUAGGCAAAAUCAAGGAGAACAGUCCUAAGGGAUCAGUAGUUAUGAAUAUAUCGGCCAAGGAUCAGGAUGAAAAAGGCCCCAAUUCUGAAAUUGAAUAUUUUAUACAAAGUGGUGACGGACUUGGUGUAUUUUCUGUAAAUGAUAAAGGUUUCAUACGAACUUUAUCACACCUCGAUGCUGAAUCGAAGAACUUCUACUGGCUAACAUUAUGUGCUCAAGAUGGUGCAAUUGUCCCAUUGGUUAGCUGUGUACAGGUCUACAUAGAAAUUGAAGAUGUUAAUGAUAAUGUGCCAAUAACUGAAAAACCCGUUUACUGUCCUUCAAUAAAAGAGGGAAGUCCUCCAAAAACACGAGUUAUCUUAUUAAAUGCUACAGACGAUGAUAAAGAUGCUGCUAAUCUUAUAACAUAUAAAAUAAUAUCUGGAAAUCCAGAAGGCUUUUUCGAGUUAAAUAAGACGACUGGAGAGAUUUUAACAACAGAGAGAAAAUUAGACAGAGAAAAUCAAGCGGAGCAUAUAUUGGAGAUACAAGCAACGGACAACGAUAUUGGCGACAAUGGCAAAAUAGCGUAUUCUAUAAAAUCGGGUAAAGGAAAAAAUAAAUUCCGUAUAAAUCCAGAAACCGGCUUAAUUUAUGUCAUGAAACCAUUGGAUCCUGAGGGUGAAUAUGAAUUGAUUAUCAAGACUGAAGAUAAUGGAUUACCAAGGAAAAGUCAGACAGCUAGAUUAAAUGUCGUUGUUAUACAAAUAUUAGAAAGGUCAUCCAUCCCACCGAAAAUUAAGACUGCGGAUAAUGUAGUUGAAGUUACUGAGAGCGAUAAACCAGGAUUUCUUGUGACACUCAUCCAAGCUACAGAUGAAGACAGUGAUCAUUUGUGGUAUAACAUUAGUGGUGGAAAUGAUAACAACGAAUUUUAUAUAGGACAUGAUAAUGGAAACGUGUUAUUAUCUAAAUCGUUAGACUGGGAAUUUCUCAAAUAUUACAAUUUGACUAUUACAGUCACCGAUGGAUCGAAUGUGGUGGAUACUAGGUUAUAUGUUCAUGUAGUUGACACUAAUGACAAUAGACCGCAGUUCACAAAAGAAUUAUAUAUUGUUAAUAUUUCCGAAAGUGUCAAAGAAGAAUCUAUAAUAAUGCAGUUACAUGCAACCGAUGAAGACGAAGAAAAGAAAAUUUUUUAUACUUUACAUGGUUCCAAAGAUCCAUCAUCGUUACAUUUUUUUCGGAUUGACUCGGUAACAGGAAAUGUGGUAGUGACGCAAAGACUAGACUAUGAAAGAAUAAAACGUCAUGUACUAACAGUGAUUGCAAAAGACCAGGGAACACCAGCUAAAAGAAAUUAUGCUAAAAUAAUAAUAAAUGUUUAUGAUCAUAAUGACCAUUAUCCAGAGUUUACAAGCAAAAUAUUACAAAGUAAAAUUCCGGAAAGCUCAGCUGUUAAUUCGAAAGUAGCACAACUAAGUGCAAUAGAUCGCGAUAGCGGAAAAAAUGGUGAAAUUAGAUAUCAUAUAGUAAGUGGCAAUGUAGGAAAUAUUUUCGAAAUCGACAGCCUCCUUGGAACAGUGUAUCUAUCACAAAACCUUGACAUAAUGCAGAUGCAAGAAUAUAUGCUCCAAGUAAAAGCAGUAGAUUGUGGAAAUCCGCCAUUAUCAUCACAAAUACCUGUUCAUAUAAUUGUAGUAAUGGCUGAUAAUGAUCCUCCGAAAUUUAAUUCACCCAUAUCCUCAAUUGAAUUAUACGAAAAUCUUCCGGAUGGUUAUUUCAUAACUAAAUUGGAGACCAGAUCAUCGUCAUCUGUUUUUUAUAACAUCGUUGAUGGAAAUGAUGAAGGAUUUUUUUACAUAAACCCCUCCACAGGAGUAAUGCUAGUGACUUCGAAAAUUGAUUACGAAAAUAAUAGGCAGUUUAAUCUAACAAUAAAAGGAACAAAUAUGGCAUCGGCAUCAUCUAUUCACAAUGUUAUUAUCCACAUUUUAGAUGUCAAUGAUAAUACCCCAAUUUUUAUUGAAACGGACUAUUAUGGACAAAUAUCGGAAGCAUCUGAACCAGGAACGUAUGUCAAUUGCAAUGAUAGCCAAAGCAGUUUAAUUUUCCUGAAAACUUUGGAUGCUGAUGCUGGCCAAAAUAGCAUUUUAGAAUACACUAUAUUGGAUGAAAUAUCAAGGCAACAUUUUGAAAUAGAUUCAUCAACAGGAACAAUAAAACUUUUGCAGAAAUUGGAUUAUGAAUCUAAAACAUAUUUUAAAUUUAAUGUUAUGGUAAACGAUAAAGGAACUCCCAAACUGUAUUCUCAAACUUUGGCAAAUGUAUUCAUUAAUGUCAUAAAUGUAAACGACUGCCGACCAGAGUUUACCAAAAAAGAAAUUAAUGUUACUCUUUAUUUACCAACCCAUGAAGGAGUGCGAGUUACACAAAUUACAGCUAUGGAUAUGGAUACUAAGGACGAUUCUGAUAUUCGAUAUGAUAUUGUUGAUGGAAAUGUUUAUAAUACCUUUGAGAUAAAUAACUUUACGGGCGAAAUAACAUUAAGGAAUAUAAGUAAAUUGAGCCCCGUUUAUACAUUACACAUUCGUGCAUCGGAUGGAUUAUUUUCGGCUAUAGCACAAGUUGAUGUUAAUAUCAAGAAAAUAGAAAAUCCAAAUUUUUUAUUUCAAAGAGAUAAAUAUGAGUUUUCUACAGUUGAAAACUCAACUAAGAUUACUAUUAUUGGCAUUGUAAAUGUCAUAGGAAACUUUCUUGUGGAAAAUGUUGAAUUUCGAAUUUUAAAUCCAACAAACUUAUUCGAAAUUGGUAAGACAUCUGGAGCGAUUAAAACAAAAGGUGUUGUACUAGACAGAGAAUCCGUAGAUAAAUAUAUUUUAAUAAUAGAAGCGGUAUCUAUGUUAUAUAAAAACAAUAAAAUCCAUUUUCGACGAGCUAUUGCCCAAGUCAACAUCAGUAUUUUAGAUGUAAAUGAUAAUUGUCCAAUAUUUGUAAAUUUGCCUUAUUAUGCUACGGUAUCAAUUGAUGACCUACGGGGAUCAAUAAUUAUAAAUAUUAAAGCUAUUGAUUUGGAUUCGAACGAAAAUGGAGAAGUUCGUUAUGAAAUGAAAAAAGGCAAUGGAGAACUUUUUAAAAUUGAUAGAAAAAGUGGUGAUGUAUCAUUAAAGCAGAACAUUGAUAAAAUUGAUAAGAACUACGAAAUUAUUGUGGCUGCAUAUGACAAUGCUUUAACACCUUGUUACGCCGAAGUUCCUGUAUUGAUUAAGGUCGUAGAUAAGUCCAUGCCAAUUUUCAACAAACAGUUAUAUUCUGUUAGUAUCAGGGAAGAUGUGGAAAUGUUCUCUGCUCUUUCAUUAAGUAUUCAAGCUGAUAGUCCAUUACAAAGGAGCCUUAUUUUUACAAUAUCAUCCGGAAAUGACGACGAGUUCUUUGAAAUAGAUUAUAGAACAGGAAUUCUUUACGUGGUAAACAACCUGGAUUUCGAAAGGCAACGCUCGUACGAGCUAUUUAUUACAGCUACUGAUAGUGUAUCUGGUGUAUAUGCUGAGGUACCCGUAUCAAUUUUGGUGGAAGAUGCCAACGAUUGUUAUCCACGUAUAGAAAAAGAAAACUAUAACAUAUCGCUUCCAGAAAAUACUUUUCUAGGAAGUCAAAUUUUAAAAAUAAAUGCCAGUGACUGUGAUUUUGAUGCUAAUAGCGUUCUUUCGUAUGUCAUUGAAUCUAUUAAUGGUGAAAUAGACUCAAAUUUAUUUUACAUUGACAUAGCAGAAGGUUCGUUAUAUUUAAAACAUCAAUUAAAUUAUGAAGAAUGCAAAUCAUACAUCAUUGUUAUCAGUGUUAAUGACCACGGAACACCAUCGCUACGAUCUAGGGCAAAUGUUUGGAUAAAAGUUGACGAUUUAAACGAUAAUGCACCAAAGUUUAUAGAACCAUCAUUUUCUAGCAAACUGUCGAUAUCUGCAAAAAGAGGUCAAUUUGUUACUAUAGCGAAAGCAUAUGAUGCAGAUGAUUGUGAUAUCAAUAAACUAAUUUACAAAAUAGUUGAUGGCAAUGAACACCAACUGUACUCCAUUGAGGAAUAUACGGGCCUAAUUACUUUGCAAAACAAGCAAAGACUUCAAAACCACAAGCAAACUAUACUAAAUAUUUCUGUUUCCGAUGGACUCCAUACCAGUUUCGCAAGAGUAAAAAUUAAUCUGCUACCUGAAAAUAUUUACAGCCCAGUUUUUGAAAAACAAGUCUACGACGCCUUUAUUUAUGAGAACGAAAACCAUGAUAAAUUUAUUUUAAAAGUUAAAGCUUUAGACAACGAUUUUGGCCCGUAUGCUACGUUAACAUAUGAAAUUAUUGGAGAUGAUAUGAAUGCAAUUUUUACGAUAGAUAAAAUCACUGGUGCUUUAUACGCAAAAGAUUCUUUAGACAGAGAACAGAAAUCAACGUAUGAUGUGAUUGUUAAAGCCUCGGACAGUGGAGAUAAAUUUGGAUUUACUUUGGUAAAAGUUAAAGUCGGGGAUUUAAAUGAUAAUGCUCCAUUCUUUUUGCUGAAGGAUUAUAAAAUUAUUGUUAAAAAUGAUAUAAAUGUUAAUUCUGUCAUUAGCAAGAUUACAGCAAUGGACAUGGAUGAAAAUAAUAACAGCGUCUUAUAUUUUACAAUGGAAAAUUCAACAUUAAAUCAUGCAUAUAUGGAAUAUUUGUCAAUAAGUACUGAUGGAGAUAUCCGUGUAUCAAAAUCAUUGCAAAACUUUUCAAACGAAUUAAUAGAGUUUUUCAUUAGAGCAACGGAUAAUGGUGAUACGAAACAAUUACAUAAUAUUUUGCCAGUCUCAUUACAAGUUGUGAGUGCAAAUAUAUCUAUUCCAACUUUCGAAAAGUCUUCACUAAACAUUAAUGUUGAAGAAUCCUUUGCGCCUGGUUCAAUAUUAGCAAAAUUAAAAGUCAAUGGCAAUUUUUCAGUCAAAAUUUCAUUAGCAACAGACUCACCAAAAUUCUCAAUAACGGAAAAUGGAGAAAUCAUGUUAAUGCAGAUGUUAGACAGGGAAGUGUCUAGUGUCGAACAUAUUAUUGCAAUGUCUGAAACUACAACAUUUCCUGCGUUGUAUGCAUAUAUCGAUAUAUAUUUAAAUGUUCAAGAUGAAAAUGACAAUUUUCCAAAGUUUUCAAAUAUAGUAUACAAUGUUGAAAUUCCUGAAAAUGCUGAAAAGGGCUCGUCUGUAGCUAAAGUUACUGCUACAGAUGCGGACGAGGGUCCUAAUGGUGAUGUACGAUAUUAUUUGGAAGACGAAACAUAUUCAAAAAUAUUUGAAAUUGAUAUUUACUCCGGCUGGAUAAAACUUCUGACGACAUUAGACAGAGAAUCGCAAUCAGAAUAUUAUUUUAACGUUUUUGCAAGCGAUAGUGGUCAGCCUAAACAAAUAUCGAAAGUUCCAGUAGCUAUAACUGUUACCGACUGCAAUGACAAUGCUCCCAUGUUCAAACAAAAACGACAAUCUUUAUCUGUAUCGGAAAAUGUUAUACCUGGAACAGUUUUAUCACGACUUUUAGUGACCGACUUGGAUUCAAAAAAAAACGAUUUAGAUUUCUUUGUAGUAUCUGGUGACAAUUACUCUCAGUUUCAAAUCUCAAAUACUGGGGAGUUAUUUGUUUCGAAGAAACUUGAUCGUGAAUCUAUAGAAAGUUACAAUGUUACUGUAGCAGUAACCGAUGGAAAAUUUAUUUCCUACGCGUAUAUUUCAAUUAACACCACUGAUGAAAACGAUAAUUUCCCGAUAUGUUUGAAACCAAGGUACAAUAUUAUAAUCAAUGAGUCCAUUCCUGUGGGUACAACGCUGCUUAGAAUAACUGCUGUAGAUCUCGAUGUGAAUCCCAACAAUAAAAUACGAUAUUAUUUAACUGGAAACUUUUCAGACGAUUUUUAUAUUGACAAAGAUUCUGGUGAGCUAAAAAUUGCUAAACAGCUAGAUCGUGAAAAACAUUCCAUAUAUAUAUUACUUGUUCAUGUGCAAGAUGGUAAAGAAUUAUUGAAAGAGUGUGUUAGCGAAGUAUUUAUAUCUGUCAGUGACGUUAAUGAUAACAAACCAGAAUUUUCGAUGAAACAAUAUAUCGUUAGCAUACCCGAAGACGCGCAGAUCAACACUAUUGUAACUAAGAUUCAUGCAACUGAUAAGGAUUUUGGAUUAAAUAGAAAACUAACGUAUUCAUUGUUGGAACCAAACGCCUUCUUUGAUGUCACUUCUUUCAAUGGCAUCGUAAAAUUAACAAAAUCUUUAGACAGAGAAAAUACUUCUAUAUUUAACAUAUCAAUAAAAGCUGAAGAUUACGGCAGUCCCAAAUUGUUUUCAAUAGCAAAUCUCACCAUACACGUCCUGGAUAUCAACGACAAUCCGCCAGUUUUUAAUUUGAAGCAUUAUAAAACAUUUCUGUCGGAGAAAUCUGAAAUAGAUUCAGUUGUAAUAAAAGUUCACGCGACUUCUGAAGAUAUCGGUGUAAAUGCUGAAAUAUUAUAUUAUAUAAUUGGUGGAAAUGAACAACAAAAAUUUAAAAUUGAUUCGAAAACUGGAGUAAUUUCAGUAAAUUUAGAAAUAGAUUUUGAGAAAUCAAGAUCAUUUCUUUUAACAGUUCAAGCAAUCGAUGGAGGAACACCACCACUUAGCAGUCAAGCUUUUGUUAAUGUCACAAUAUUGGAUAUCAAUGACAAUCUUCCUCAAUUCACACAAAAUCUUUACCGCUUUCGUAUUGCUGAAAAUACCAAAAAAGGAGAAAUGAUAGCUCAGAUUACUGCUACUGAUGAGGAUUCCGAUCAAAGUGGAAUUGUUAUGUACAAUAUAGAGAGGGGAGACAGAUUAAAUCAGUUUUCUAUUGACGAAUUUGUUGGGAAAAUCUAUGUUAACAAUGACCUUGAUCGAGAAGCUAUAUCAUCAUAUACUCUUGAACUAAGGGCUUGUGAUAAUGGAACACCUCAAUUAUGCAGUUAUGUUCAAGUAUUAAUAGAUGUGCUGGACAUAAACGAUAAUCCACCAUUAUUUAAAAACUCAAAUUACAGCUUUGUUUUGCAAGAGAAUAAGCCUCUGGGAUAUAUAAUAAUUACGUUUGAAUUAUCUGAUGCUGACGAGUUUCCAAACAGUAGUCCAUUUACCUUCGACUUCAAGAGUGGAAAUGAGGGAGGAUAUUUUCGUUUGGAACAAGAUGGUAGCCUUAGAACCGCUUCUAGAUUUAACCAUCGCAUUUGUGACCAAUAUGUGUUGCAAAUCCGAGUUUUCGAUAAUGGUACCCCACCAUUAUAUUCCGAUACAUGGAUUUCAAUUCGAGUAAUUGAAGAAAGUCAAUAUCCACCAGUAAUUACACCCUUAGAAAUAACAAUUAACUCCUAUGACGACGACUUUUCUGGGGGUUUUCUUGGUAAAAUAUAUGUUUCGGAUCUGGAUAAAUAUGAUACUUUUACGUUCGAGCUUGCUCCAACCCAUGGCCAAGAAUAUUCUACAUUUAGGCUGUUCAACAUAUCUCAUAACACUGGAGAGCUUUUUGCUCUGAAAAAUCUUGAUAUUGGUCUGUACCAAUUAAACAUUACAGUUUCAGAUGGAAAAUUUAUGGCGCACGCAAUUGUUCGUAUAAAUGUGGAAAUAAUUACAAAUGAAAUGGUUAAAAACUCAGUAAUUAUAAAAUUUGGUAAAGUUACCCCAAAAGAUUUUAUUUUAAGUCAUCGUAAAGCCUUUGUACGAUCUAUUCGAGACAUAAUGCGAUGUGGUCAAAAAGAUGUAAUUAUUAUCGCUCUCAACUACAACAUAGAAACAAAUCAAACGAAUAGUUUAUUAAAUAGUAAUCGUUCCAGAAAACGUCUAUCAUAUAAUGUAUUAGAGGUGGUUUUUACAGUGCAGAAGCAACAAAUCGUUCCAACGUCGGAAAGCUAUUAUACUUCUGAAGAAAUUCGUUUUAAAAUAUUCAAAAAAAUUGAAGAAAUUGAAUAUAGUUCUAACCUUUUGGUGGAAGAGCUGGUCAACAAUCAAUGCAUCUCAAAUAUAUGUGUUCAUGGUGAAUGUAAAAAACAACUACGUAUUAUGAGGAACGAUUUACGCACAUAUUACACAGAUGUGGUCAGUUAUGUUAUGCCCACGUACGUGUACAUAAAUAAUUGCUUAUGCAAGCAAGGCUUUGAUGGGAAAAACUGUGAUGAGCCCAUUAAUGCAUGUUCGUCUGAUCCCUGUACUUUACAAAAAAAGUGCUGGCCCGCUGAUACUGCAAUCGGUUAUCAGUGUAUAUGCCCCACAGGUUAUUCAGGAUUUAACUGUGAAAUUCAAGCUGCAAAAUGUCAUAACAGCACUUGUUCAAAUUUACAAACACCAGUAUCAUUUAGUGGAAAAAGCUACGCACAUUACAAAAUUAAUAAAUCCGUAGCCAGAAGUAUUGUAGAAAGUAAAUUUUCAUUUUCGUUAAAUGUACGCACAGUACAGCAGUCUGGAACUCUUGUAUAUGCAAGUGGCCCUAUAGAUUACAAUGUAAUCGAGAUUUUAAAUGGUGCUCUUCAAUAUAGAUUUGAUUUAGGAUCUGGAGAGGGACUAGUUGUGGUAUCAAGUGUAAAUAUAUCGGAUGGAGACUGGCACUCAAUAAAGUUGGAGCGCAUUCUAAACACAGCAAAGGUUGUCGUUGACAGUAAGCACUUCUCUCAAGGAAGUGCCCCUGGAGUUAAUAUUAUAUUGAAUUUGCAAACGAAUGACUUUUUUGUAGGAGCGGAAGUUAAACCUCACCAUACCAUAAUAGGAUAUGAAGACAUUCAAAGAGGUUUUAUAGGCUGCAUGACUGAUUUAAAAAUUGGAAAUGAAAUGUUACCUCUAUAUAUAUCUGGAGGAAGUACUGUUGCCGCUUUAAAGCGAUUUACAAAUGUUGAGUUUCAUUGUGAUCCCGCAAAGGUUUUAAUAAAUUUGGGAAUUUGCAGCAGUCAACCCUGUUUGAAUUCUGGCUUUUGUCAAGAUUACGGCGAUAAAUUUAAAUGUUUAUGUCCAGAACGAUUUUCAGGAAAAUUGUGCGAAAUCGAUUUAGAUCCAUGUGCCUCAUCCCCCUGUCUGUAUGGAGGCCAUUGUGAGCAUUAUGGGCCCAAUAAUUACUCCUGUAUCUGUCCAAGUCAUCUUUCAGGUAGGAGGUGUGAAUAUGGAAAGUUUUGCUCACCUAAUCCCUGCAAAAAUGGAGGAAUAUGCGAAGAAGGUGAUGGUAUUCCACAUUGCAUGUGUAGAGGAUUCACUGGAACAGUGUGUGAAAUUGAUGUGGAUGAAUGUGAAAAUCAUCCGUGUGGAAGUGGUGCAACAUGUAUUAAUGAAGCUGGCAGUUUUCGUUGUAUUUGCCCCUCAUAUCUAACAGGUGCUAGCUGCGGUGAUCCGUUGUAUUCAAAUUCCAUAUCUACAAAAAUUAGAAAUUUUUCCAUGGAAAAUAUAACGGGCAUAAUAUGCGGAGUUUCAUUUGUUUUCAUAUUUUGUACAUUAAUAUUACUCUGUAUAAUUCUGAAAAGAAAUUCUUCAAGAACGGUUAGAGAAAAUCCUGAUCGAAUAAAAAACACUUAUAAGGAAACAACAUUGAAUUCGCUCCUACAGAAGGAUAAAAACAAUAAACAAAAUACUAAACUCAGUAAUCUGGAAGUUAACCACCGACCUAUAAGUUAUACUCAAUCAUCUACAGACAAUAUGUUUUCAACAAAUACUCAUUUUGUUAAUAAUUUGGACAUUUUAAGAAGCUAUGGAUCUGCUGGUGAUGAGCUUGAAAGUAUAGCGUUUGAGUAUCAGAAAAUAAACUUACAUAAUCAAAAUGUAAAUAUUAAUAACGAGAACAUAUCAGACGUGGCUACGUCAUCAUAUAAAACAGACUGGUGCGACCAAAUGCAGCUAAAGACGUUUUGUGAAAACAAACUUAAUAAUGGAAAGCCAAUAGAUUAUCAUAAUUUGCCAUUGAAUCGUCUAACAUCCAUAAAAUCUAACUGUGGAAAACUUAUUCAAGUUACGAUGCCGAACGUUUGUCAGUCAUCUUUUGGUGGAGAAUACUCUUCUAUUGGUCAAUACCACUGGGAUUGUUCAGAUUGGGUUAGAAACAGCCAAAAUCCCUUACCAGAUAUAACAGAAGUACCUGCGGAGAUUGCAGAUUCGACUAGUUUCGAUAGUAAUGAAAGUAAUGAAUCUAAAGCUAAAUCAACAUCUGUUUCACAAUUUUCCAUGUUAAAAGUAAAUGCGGUCAGAGAUAUUUCGACAUUACCAGAAGAUAUAAUUUCAGACUCUGUCGAUUCUGAUGUACAAGACAUUCAAAACAUAAGACUGCCAUUAAGUAGUAAUUCACUAUCAAGACUGAGCCCCAUAUAUUAUAGUGAGAAUGAAGACUACACAUUAAAUUCAGUGCCUUUCAGAUGUGUCACAAAAUGUAAAAUGUAUGUUAGACAUCCUGACACCUAUUUGCCACCUUUAAGCAAUCUUAGCGAAACCGAAGGAGAAAGUUCUACGAAUGACAGAUGUACAAAAAGCAAAUCAGAUUUGGAAUAUUCUAAAAGAAAGUUAAGUGUAAAUUCCGAAGAGGUAUUCUUGUGCAACAAAAGCCCUUAUAGCAGCAAUAUUUCCGUACACCUUUGUGAAAUCGAAGACUCAGAACUCGAAGAAUUCUUGCCUAAGAGAAGGGAAACGUCGACUAUACCAGAUUGACUUUAAAUAUCAACUAGUUUUCCAUUUUUCCUCUUUUACUAUAUGUAGUACCUUAAAAAUAAAUAUAAAUACGAGUAAAUAUUUUAAUAAAA